GCAAAUCAACAGGCUGGGAAGAUGGUGGCUGGGGAGCCUGGGAUGAAGCAGAAUCACAAGAACCUGAAGAAGAGGAAUCUACUUCCAAGAACCAGAGAAAUUACUGGCUUCAGGACUGUGUGUUGUCCUUGUCACCAACAAAUGACCUGAUGGUAAUAGCUAAUGAACAGAAAGCAGUCUUCUUAGUGCCUAAAUGGAAGCACAGUGACAAGGGAAAAGAAGAAAUGCAAUAUGCUGUGGGCUGGAGUGGCUCUCUGAAUGUUGAAGAAGGUGAAUGUGUGAGUAGUGUAUUGUGUAUCCCAUUGGCAAGUCAGAAGAGGAGUUCCACAGGCCGUCCUGACUGGACCUGCAUUGUUGUUGGCUUCACCUCUGGCUAUGUUCGUUUCUACACCGAGAGUGGAGUCCUACUUCUUGCACAGCUUUUAAAUGAAGAUCCUGUCCUGCAGCUUAAGUGCAGAACCUAUGAAAUUCCCAGGCAUCCUGGUGUCACAGAACAGAAUGAAGAAUUAAGUAUCUUGUACCCAGCAGCAAUUGUGACAAUUGAUGGUUUCAGCCUCUUUCAGUCCCUUCGUGCAUGCCGCAAUCAGGUAGCAAGAGCUGCAGCAUCUGGCAAUGAGAAUGUUCAGCCUCCACCAUUAGCUUAUAAGAAAUGGGGUUUGCAAGAUGUGGAUGCAAUUGUUGACCAUGCUAGUAUUGGCAUCAUGACACUGUCUCCUUUUGAUCAAAUGAAGACUGCCUCCAAUAUAGGUGGAUAUAAUGCAGCUAUAAAAAACAGCCCACCUGCUAUGUCUCAGUAUGUUACUGUUGGAUCCAAUCCUUUCACUGGUUUCUUUUUUGCCCUGGAGGGUAGCUCACAGCCACUGUUGUCUCAUGUUGCCUUAGCAGUUGCAAGUAAACUGACUUCAGCAUUAUUUAAUGCUGCCAGUGGCUGGCUCGGUUGGAAGAGUAGACAUGAAGAAGAACCUGCCCAAAAACAGAAGCCAAAAAUGGAACCUGCAACCCCAUUGGCAGUGAGGUUUGGAAUUCCAGAUUCCCGUCGCCAUGGUGAAAGAAUAUGUCUUUCUCCAUGUAACACUUUGGCAGCGGUAACAGAUGAUUUUGGAAGGGUUAUUUUACUGGACGUUACAAGAGGACUUGCAGUUCGCAUGUGGAAAGGAUACCGUGAUGCAGAAGUUGGUUGGAUACAGACUGUAGAGGACCUUCAUGAGAGGGAAACUGAGAAGAUGGAUUUUUCUCCUUUUGGAAAUGCACAAGGUCCCAGCAGAGUGGCUCAGUUCCUUGUGAUCUAUGCUCCGAGGAGAGGCAUUCUGGAAGUAUGGAGCACGCAGCAAGGGCCUCGGGUUGGAGCCUUCAAUGUGGGGAAAUAUUGCAGAUUGUUGUAUCCUGGUUAUAAAAUAAUGGGUCUAAACAAUGUGACCAGUCAGGGAUGGCAGCCCCAGACUUACCAGAUAUGCCUUGUUGAUCCCAUCUCUGGAAGUGUGAAAACUGUCCAUGUACCUUUCCAUUUAGCACUGAGUGAUAAAAAGAGUGAGCGAGCAAAGGAUAUGCAUCUAGUGAAGAAGUUAAAUGCUUUACUCAAAGCUAAAACCUCAGAUCCGGAUUUGAUUGAAACUGAAACAAAGGAAUUAAUACUUGAUAUCAAAUACCCUGCUACAAAGAAACAGGCUCUGGAAAGUAUAUUGACAAGUGAACGUGUGCCGCUUUCAUCUCUCACAAACAUCACUCAGACAUUAAUGGAUAAUUUAAAAAAACAGGAGCUCGAGUGUGUGGAUGAAGGACUACUGCAGUUCUGCGCAAACAAGUUAAAGCUGUUGCAUCUUUAUGAACUAGUUAGCAAACUAAAUUCCCAAAGCAUACAGAAAGAUACUCCACCCUCAGAUAAUGACUUGGCUAAACUGCUUCGGCUGGAAGAAAAAGAUUUUCAUAGGCUCCAAACUUUACUGGAAAACUACAAGAAAGAAAACACCCAAACUACUGUUCAGUUUGGUGAUGAGAAGGAUGAUGUGUUGUCUGUGAAAAUGUUCUUAGAGUAUUUGGAAUAUGAAAAGGACAUGAUUAAUGUGAAAAAUAUGGAAGACAGAGAAUUUGUGGCUUUAGGCAGUUUUUUCUUCUGGAAGUGUUUGUGUGGGGAGUGUUCUACAGAGGAAAUGUGUCAUGUGUUGGAAUCAGCAGGGUUUAGUCCUCAAAUCUUGUUGUCACUCCUUCUCAAUUUAUGGCUUUCCAAGGAAAAAGAUAUUCUAGACAAACCAGAUUCUGUCAGUUGCCUUCACACUAUGCUGUCACUUCUGAGCAAAAUGAAAGUUGCUAUAGAUGAGUCAUGGGAUACCCAGUCUGUUUCCCCGUGGUGGCAGCAAAUGCGUACAGCUUGUGUUCAGUCUGAAAAUAAUGCCGCUGCCUUGUUAUCUGCUCACGUUGGGCAUUCUGUAACUGCACAGAUAAUUGAGUGUGUGACAGAGAAAAAGUUUGCCCAAAUAACUGUAGGUUCGGACACAGAAUCCUGGGAAGCACUUUCCCUUGAUGCGGAAUAUUGGAAACUUCUGCUGAAACAGUUAGAGGAUUGUCUGAUACUUCAAACACUACUGCAUAGCAAAGUGAGCAAAAGGACAAAAAGAGUUUCAUCACUCCAGACUGAGCCCUUGGGCAGGCUUUCUGUAAAGAAAUUGCUUGAAGCUGGAAAAGGAGGUAUUGCUGACACUGUAGCAAAGUGGGUUUUUAAGCAAGGCUUCAGUCCUCUUGUGCUGAAUCUGGCCCAACAUAAAACCAAUACAGAUAAUACUGAAGAAUCUGUGGAAAUGAAUACUAAUAUCUUUCUUGAGGAACCAGAAGUAGAUGCAGGCUUGGAAACAAUCCUAGAGCUGCUGCAACUAGCGUAUCAGCAAUUUCCAUGUAGUCUUGAAGUGGAUGUACUCCAUGCACAUUGCUGUUGGGAAUAUGUAGUGCAGUGGAAUAAGGACCCUGAGGAAGCAUGUUUUCUCGUUAGGUCUAUAGAUCAUCUAAGAUGCAUCGUUAAUGCUCACGUUCAGCAUGGUAUCGCCCUGAUGAUGUGGAAUACAUUCAUAGUGAAAAGGCUUUCCUCUGCUACAUAUCUAAUGGACAAGGUUGGAAAAGCUCCAAAGGACAGAUUAUGCAGACGGGCAA